AGCUCUUUCUCUCUCCUCUCAGAGCCCUCUUUGAAGCUCUCAAUCUCUCUAACCCCUUUCACUCACGCCGGCUCUCCUCUCUCAGAAUCAAAGGUCAGUCUAAGCUAUGGCAAACGGAUGUUCGAUCCAGCAGAGCGUCUUCAACUUUGCCGGCGGCGAUCGGUCGGUGAUCUGUCCGAAACCUCGGAGGAUUUUUUCGCCGGCGAUCGCUUUGGAGCCGAAGUCCGCCAACCAUAUCCUCGAUGCCCUUUUUUCAAAGCCAUCUGAUCCAGCUCCGCUCUUCUUCUCCGGCUCGCCGCUGGCGCGAUCCGAUAACCCGAUGGUCCAUGACGCCCGAUUCGGCGAAAGUACUCCGAUCCCGAUUGCUACGGAGGGGUCCGGAUGCGGAUCCGAAUCCGGAUCCGUUAGAAGUGUUGAUGCACGAAUCCGAUAUGGCCUCACGCCGGCCGCCGUCCGCAUCGAGGGCUUCGAUUGUUUGGACCACGAGCGUAGCUGCCGGAGCCGCGGGAUUCCGGCGUUCGCAUAGAUGCAUCCGCAUAAUUUAAGCAGAGAUCCUAUGCGGUCGUUGAAAGAAAGAUUAGUGGAGGCCAUUGAAAUUAUUAUGAAAUUAGGAGAUUUUUUUUUAAAAAAAAUAUUAUUAAUGGAGGGAAUUUUGUAUUUGUAAAUAGUUUAGGGGGCGAUAAGUAAUUAUUGGCAUUGUUAUAAUUUAGGGUUUAUGGUCUUCAUAGUUGAAGUUGUACAAAGAAAUGUUGUUGAACCUACUUAAAAUUAGGAAUUGUUGGGGUGUUUUAUUUAAAUUAUUGAAGCUAUUAAUUUAGUAAUGCAA